AUGAUUAAAUUCAUUUUAAUCUGCUCUUCAUUUUUUACCAUUUCUCUGUGUGUAUCAGUGCUACUCCUAGCCAAAACAAAGAUUAUAGAAGUGAGUUCUCUACAACAUGUGUCUCAGUCGGAUCCUACCACUGUUGAUCAUCUUGUAUUUGGAAUUGCCUCAACUGGACCUUCAUGGCCGUGGAGGAAGCAAUACACCAAGCUAUGGUGGAACAACAUACCCAAUAUAACAAUGAGAGGAUGUGUUUUUGUAGAUACCCUCCCAGAUGAACAAAAUGGAAACAGUGAUGGUUUUCUUCCUCCUCUUUGUGUCUCUCAAGACACUUCCCAGUUUCCCUACACUUACCAGGGUGGUCUACGGUCAGCAAUCCGUGUGGCACGUAUUGUAAAAGAGACCGUGGCAUUGAACCAUUCUGGUGUUAGAUGGUACGUGUUUGGGGAUGAUGACACCAUUUUUUUCCCUCGCAAUCUGGUCAAAACUCUUUCCAAGUAUGAUCAUAAGCGUUGGUACUAUGUUGGGUCCUGCUCAGAAAUUUAUGAGGCCGCCCAGGUUUUUGGUUUUGAAAUGGCUUUUGGUGGAGGUGGUUUUGCCAUCAGUUCCUCCCUAGCACAAGUCCUAGCCAAUGUUCUUGAUUCAUGUUUACACAGAUAUCCGCAUCUGUAUGGAAGUGAUGCUAGAGUGUACUCUUGCAUAACAGAACUAGGUGUAGGAUUAACACAUGAACCAGGUUUUCAUCAGGUUGAUUUGCGGGGAAAUAUCUUUGGCCUGUUAGCUGCACAUCCAUUAACUCCCUUGUUGUCCCUACAUCACCCUGAUCACACUGAUCCUAUCUUUCCCAGCAUGACAGCUCAAAAAUCUCUGCAACAUUUAUUUGAAGCUGUUAAUGUUGAUUCCGAGAGAGUCCUACAACAAACAGUUUGUUAUGAAAAGCGGUUGUCGUGGACAAUUUCAGUGUCAUGGGGCUAUGCUGUUCAAGUGUUCCAGAACAACAUGCUUUUGCCAGAAGUUGUAAGAGUGCAAAGAACAUUCAGACAAUGGUUGGAAGGAAACGUUUGGAAAGGAAUAUAUAAUUUCAAUAUAAGAGAACUUCACCCUGACCUAUGUGAAAGACCUACCAUUUUCUAUCUAGACAAAGUGUCUUCCGGCAAAGAUGGAAUCAUAAGCAGUUACAAGAAACAUUUUCAAAAUUGUUCAUACAAGGAACCAAUGAGUGAACUGGAAGUGAUUAAAGUGGUUACAAAUAAGUUACACGUUGAUGACAAACAGACUCCAAGAAGGCACUGUUGUGAGGUGUUGCCCUCUGAAACUGGUGACUUGAUGGAAAUUGCAAUCAGAAAAUGCAAAUAUGAGGAACUGAUUUACAUGCAUUAA